AAUAUUUUCCGAGGGUUUUGGGAGAGAUGGCCGUCGCGGCGCCAUGGCGCGCAUUCCCAUUCUCUUGGCCGCGCCCUCGAAUGCGCGAAAUCUCGCAUUCUUGUGCUUGCUCGUCGGCGACGCUGCUCCAGAUAGAGGAUUCAUCCGAGGCAAAUCGGGCAGCAGUAGCAGCGGAAUCUGAGGAACAGCCGGCUAAGAAGGUACCGUUCUUCCCCAAGCGAGGCCAGGAGCUGGAGCUCGUCUGCGAGAGCCUGGCAUUCAAGGGACAGGGCGUGUGCAAAGUUUUGGAAACCGGGUAUGUGGUCAUGUGUGAUAGGGCAUUGCCGGGAGAACGCUUGAUAGCGCGCAUCACCAAACGAAAGGGAAGCUAUGCAGAGGCUCUAAAAUUGCGGACGAUCGUCACACACGACAAUGCAGUAACUCCACCGUGCAAAUACGCUGAAAGCUGCGGUGGCUGUAGAACACAAAACUUAUCUUAUGAGGCCCAGCUUGCUGCAAAGGAAGACCAAGUCCAUCAGCUCAUUUCACGAGUCGGGAGGUUUGGGAGGAGUGAGGAGUCCGGCAGUGGCAGCUACUUGAAACCGAUUUUCCCUUGUGCAAAUCAGUACCACUACAGGAACAAGAUGGAGUUCUCAUUUGGAACUCGAUGGCUGCCACCCAACGAGUUUGUGAAGAACCAGUCACCAGAUAUUAAGGAGGACUUUGCGCUUGGGCUCCACGUACCUGGGAGCUACGACAAAAUCCUGGACAUUAGAGAAUGCCUUCUGCAACAUGACGUUGCGAACCAGAUACUCUUAGACGUGCAUACGUUUUGCGAAACUCAUCGGAAUGAUCUUUCAGCAUAUGAUACAAAGACGCAUAGCGGGUUUCUUCGUCAUCUCACACUGAGAUCCGGCCAUGACGAACACACAGGGAAGCUGCAAGUGAUGGUUAAUAUCGUAACUUCGGUGCACCAUCCCCGUAUGAUAAAACCAUUGAUAGAGAAGCUUGUAACUUACUCUGAAGUGACUAGCAUUGUUAAUAAUGUGACAUCCUCAAUGGCCAACACAGGGGUUGGUGAAAAACAGUAUCUUCUGUAUGGAGCUCCAGCCAUUACGGAACGUUUGCGUGGCCUCGUUUUUGAGAUUUCUGCCAACUCUUUUUUUCAGACGAACACAUCACAGGCAGAAGUUCUAUAUGAAGUUGUGGAAAAAGCAUGCAACUUGACGGAGGCCUCUAGCGAAAUGAAUAUGCUGGACUUGUUUUGCGGCACGGGCACUAUUGGCCUCUCAAUGGCAAAUAAGGUCAACCAUGUUUAUGGCUACGAACUUGUCCAGGAGGCUGUUGCGAACGCCCGGCGCAAUGCGAACAGAAACAACAUUUUAAACGCGACAUUUAUUCAGGGAGACCUGAACAAACUUACUUCCGGAUUCGGAGGAAAUUUUCCUCGGCCUGAUAUCAUUAUUACUGAUCCGAAUCGACCUGGCAUGCAUCCGAAGUUACUACAAUUCAUCCUGAAGUCCGGCGCUGCAAGGGUAGUGUAUGUUUCCUGCAAUCCGGCAACAUGUGCUCGGGACCUUGACGUGCUAUGUCACUCCAAGGAUGGCUCCGAUUUAGCUGGUGGCUACCGGCUUCUAAGCGUCCAGCCUAUAGAUAUGUUUCCCCAUACGCCACACGUCGAGUGUGUCUGCGCGUUGGAACUGAGCAAUUGACUCGCUCCUUUGAGGGGAGACUGCUUGGUAUUCUCUCGUGAUGCAUCUCCCCUGGCAGUGUCCGAGGACGGACGGACAACUCCCGAGAUGCCCGGCGGAGAGAAUGCGAGUAUUUUUCAGCUGCUGGCUCCAUCAGGAUACUGUUGCCCGUGCGCCUCGGGGAUUGUUAUUGGUUUUCUGGAGAAUCUGCCGCGGCCAACUCCCUCUCAGCCACGUUAAGUACCGAAUUAUUUUUUACAUUAGCAGGCUGUCAACAGGAUAUUCUCGAGUUUUAUAAAUUCCGGGGAUGUAUCAAGUGACAGCAGUGUGAAGUCAA